GUCAAAAGAAGUAAUUAUGAACAUUAGUUGUUGCAUAAUAAUACUUUUUCUUUUACAACCAACAGUUUUUUGCAAUAUUGUACUUUCAACAGUGUGCGAUGUUGAAGAAAGUAAAAGAAUUCGCAUGGGAACGAAAGAUAUCCAGCAAAAUCAAUGUAUAACUAACGUAUAUGAAAGAUACGUCUGCUACGAAAAUGGAUAUGGUUGCUAUGCAACUAAAUAUGAAGUUCCUGGCUUUAUUAAAAAAUUGGGUAACUAUCAUGGUUUUGAUCUAUCACCUAUGAUUAACGAUCCGGAAGCUGCAGAUCCAAAAAUUUGUGCUAAAUAUUGUCUGGAAACGCCUAGUUGUAUUGGUUUUGUCGUAUCUGAAGUUGUUAAUCCAACAUUGGGUUGUUUUCUAAAGUCGACUUCUUAUAAAAUUGCUCAAAGUUUAAAUAAUUUUCUUACAUAUGAUAGAUACGCUUACUCAGAUUCUACUUGCGAAGUUGGAAGUUGUAUUGUAACGCCACCUCCAACUUCUUUGGGAAAUUUUAAUUAUCAAAGUUGUAAAUCAGCCUGCGAAUCUGAUCCUCUAUGUAAACAUUUCUCAAUUGGAGCUGGAGAAUGUUUUUCCUAUAAUACUUGUCAGAAUGACAAAGAGAAUAUAAAUAAAGUUGUUUGUUCACAUUCUAAAUCAAUAAUUCCCAAAGAAACAAUAUAUGAUCCAUCCGUAAUUGAUAUAGUCAAUGAUUUGAAUAAUUCAACUUGUGUAGAUCUACAAUUCAAUCCGCUUGCGAUUAGAUAUCCAUUCCCAGGAGUUAAUAAGCCAUUGGCACCUAUCCUAUUGGAGGUAAUAGGAGAGAAUCUAUCCUGUUCAAGUGGGCAAUUAUCUAAUGUAAUGGUGUACAUUCCAUCAUUUCCUCAGUAUAAAGUUAAUUUUGAAGGAAUAUUUCAAAUUUGCAAAUUAAUAUUCUUCAAUAAUCAACAAUGUAAAUACAGUUGUAGUUGUGAUAAUAGAUUUUGUGAGGGUUUAUAUAUUAGAGCCUUCUCUGAUAAAUCUAUCAGUAAGAUAUGCGAAGUGAAAUUUCCUUGA